CAUCCACGGCGGUCUGUGGGUUUGCCUGGCGCGCUCAGUUAGCAUGCUAAUGUGCAAAGCAAACUCUUAAGUCAACUUUGCCUUGCGAGGCAGCAUGGAAACGGACGCGAGCAGGUAGUUGACAGCAUCAGCAACAAAGCUGAAUUUGUGCAGAAUUAAGCGGAGGGAUCUUAAGAAACGCAGCCAGUAAAUGUCCGCUCACAUCUGCUCUGUGCAAGAAGUUCUCGGUUUAUAUGGAAUAACGCUCUUUGCGUGUGUUACUGGGACUCGAAUACUUCUGAAGUCAGCUUGAAAGAGCAUUCGGGGACAAUGAAUCUGUCUUUUGACGACCAGUCACUGGACACCCUGGACUCCAGUUUGACUUUUCAUGAUCCGAGCGAUAUUGACACGGCUCUGCUCAACGACAUCGACGAUAUGCUCCAGCUUAUCAACAACCAGGACAUCGAGUUUGGAGGGCUGUUCGAUCAUGCUCCAUUCCCUGCCCCCUCGCAGGACCUCUCAGUCCUGCCCCACUCCAGCCCUUCCUCUCCUCCACCCACCUCUUCUACGCCCACCAACACCUCCUCCAUCCUCAGCAGCAGCCCACACCUGGACGCCCUGCUGGGCCCCCCCAUCACCCGCAGCUCCUCCAUCCCAGACAAGGUGUUUCACCCUCCCACUUUCCAGCAGUCUCCUCUGGCGCAGGUGACCUCCACCCCCGCAAACCCCGGCACACUGCAGACCACGCAGCCCAAAGCUCAGCCUGCUCCAUCUCCCAGCCUCCACCCUUCCACCCCGCCGGCCCCGAGCCAAGCUGCUCCGGCCGGGAAGAGCCCUGUGUUCGGCGCUACCCAGCAGGUCCUCUUCAGCUCACCAACACCCCAACCACAGCAGCAGCAGCAGCCCGUGGUCACUUACCCCAACCAGAACAGCUAUACGGCUGUCACUCAGCAGAGCUCCCCUCAGCCAAUCCCGAGUCUCCCCGCCUCUCCACAGAACGUUCAGCCAAUGGCCAUCCAAGCCCAGGUGCAGAGCCUCUCGGCUUCACCAAUCCUGACCGCCUCCUCCAGCCCUCCCAUACAGACCAUCUCCCCUCAGGUUCAGCAGGUUCCUGUUUUGUUGCAGCCGCAGUUCAUUAAGGCAGACUCUCUCUUACUCACAACUUUGAAGCCAGUAACAACAGUAACAACGGUAACAACAGUAGCGUCACCCUGCAUCACAUCGCUGGCUACAUCCACGGCGACAGUCCAGAACACCUCACUGCAGGCAUUGAUGAGUGGAGGCACUAUCCUGACCACCGUUCCACUAAUGGUGGACGCAGAGAAACUGCCCAUCAAUCGCAUCACCAUCAGCGGGAAACCAGGCGGCCAACCACAUAAGGGCGAGAAACGCACAGCCCAUAACGCCAUUGAAAAACGCUACCGCUCCUCCAUCAACGACAAGAUCAUUGAGCUCAAAGACCUGGUGGCUGGGACAGAAGCUAAGCUCAAUAAGUCGGCCGUGUUGAGGAAAGCCAUUGACUUCAUUCGCUACCUUCAGCAGUCCAACCAAAAACUAAAGCAGGAGAACAUUGCACUCAAGAUGUCCAUUCAGAAGAACAAGUCUCUGAAGGACCUUGUGAUCAUGGAGGUGGAUGUGAAACCAGAAAUCCCCACCCCUCCAGCAUCAGAUGUCGGCUCGCCUCAAUCCAGCGGCCCUUUCUCGCACCACGGCAGCGACUCGGAGCCAGACAGCCCGAUGGAAGAAGACAGCAAGGUAGCAGAAACUCAGAUCUUCCAGAGCUCCUGUCAUGCCUUUAAUGAAAUUGGCAUCAGCCGUGAAGUAAUUCCUGGGGUUGAGAGGGCUGGAGGAAUGCUGGACCGCUCUCGCAUGGCUCUGUGUGCCUUCACCCUGCUCUUCCUGUCCUUUAACCCGCUGGCGUCCCUGCUGUGUGGCGACUGGAGCAGCUCUGGGACGACUGUCUCUGGACACACAGGAAGGAGUCCGCUGGCGGUGCCGGAAGCAGCUGAGUCUUGGGGUUGGAUGGAUUGGAUGCUGCCCACUCUUCUGUUGUGGCUGUUGAACGGUGUCCUGGUCGCUGGAGUUUUGAUCCGCCUGCUCGUGUAUGGAGAGCCUGUGACCAGACCCCACUCAGAAUCAUCUGUCCUCUUCUGGAGACACCGCAAACAGGCCGAUCUGGAUCUAGCCAGGGGAGACUUUGCUCAGGCCUCUCAGAACCUCUGGACAUGCCUCAAAGCUCUCGGUCGUCCUCUGCCCACGUCUCAGCUGGACCUGACGUGUGCGGUGCUGUGGUCUGCCCUGCGUCUGUGUCUGCAGAGACUGUGGGUGGGCCGCUGGCUAGCCAGCCGCGCCGGAACCCUCCGUUCCAACCGCCCCCUACAGGAAGAUGCAUGUAAGAGCUGCCGCGAUGCUGCAUUGGUCUACCACCGUCUACACCAACUCCACAUGACCGGCAAGCUUGGAGGAAGCCACCUCUCUGCGAUCCACAUGGCACUGAGCGCUCUCAACCUGGCCGAGUGUGCAGGAGACUGUCUCCCCGUCGCCACACUGGCUGAAAUCUAUGUGUCUGCAGCCCUCCGGGUUAAAACCAGCCUGCCCCGCCUGCUUCACUUCACUACUCGAGUGUUCUUGAGCAGCGCUCGGCAGGCCUGUCUCUCGCCCAGUGGAAGCGUCCCUCCUGCCAUGCAGUGGUUGUGUCACCCGCUGGGUCAUCGUUUCUUUGUGGAUGAGGACUGGUCCAUACGCAGCACCCCUAAAGAGAGCAUCUACAGCCAGGCAGGGAACUCAGUUGACCCGCUGGCUCAGGUGACCCAGGCGUUCCGCGAGCAUCUGUUGGAGAAGGCCCUCUACUGUGUGGCACAGCCGCGAGGCGACAAGAACCUCACUGAUGGAGAUGGAGAAUACUCAGACUCUCUGGAAUACCUGCAGUUACUCACCAGUGCGUCAGACGCAGCAGGAGCCACGACACAGUCCUUCGCCAUCGGAUCAAACAUGGCCACUGUUACAGGAUGUGACCCUCACUCGAAAUGGUGGUCGUCGGUUGCCGUGGUGAUCAUUAAUUGGCUCCAGGGAGAUGAUGUGGCGGCAGAGAGAUUGUACCCGGCGGUGGAGCACUUGCCACGCAGCCUUCAGACCGCUGAGAGUCCACUGCCCAAAGCCUGUCUUAACACUUUUAAAGCGGUACGCUCCCUGCUGGCCAAACCAGAGAACUACCAGCUCAGCCUCAGCUACUGUGAGAAAGCCAGCGGCCUGUUCAGAGACAGCCUCAAUCUUGGCCCACACUGCAGCACCAACACAUUAGACAAGCUGGUGCAGUUGCUGCUGUGUGAUCUGUUGUUGGUGACGCGCACUAAUGUGUGGCGGGAGCAGCAGGUGGCGUCUCAGCAGAGCUCCCCGACAGCCGCCUCGCCUGCAGAGCUGCAGGGCUUCCAGCAGGACCUCAGCUCGCUCCGCAAACUCGCCCAGAGCUUCAGACCGGCCAUGCGCAGGUUGUUCCUGCAUGAGGCCACAGCUCGGCUGAUGGCGGGAGCCAGUCCAACACGCACACACCAGCUCUUGGACCGCAGUCUGCGCCGCCGCGCCACGCCUGGAAGCAGAACAGAAGAGUGUGAGGUGCAUCCAGGCCAGCGGGAGCAGGCAGAGGCCGUGAUGCUGGCGUGCCGCUAUCUGCCCCCUUCCUUCCUCUCAGCUCCAGGCCAAAGGGUGGGCAUGCUGGUGGAUGCCGCCCGGACGCUGGAGAAACUAGGCGACAAACGCACCCUCCACGACUGCCAACAGAUGAUCAUCAAACUAGGCAGCGGAACGACCGUCACGUCCACCUAGCCAACUACACACCAACACACACACACACACACACACACACACACACACACACUUAAGAGCACUUUUACAAACACACCCCAAGAUCUCUCAAUCGAGAAUCAACACGCUCUUUAUUUCAGGCCUCAGUAUCAUCCAAGAACACCAAGACUGUUUCGACUCUCCCCAACAAUUCAGAACUGCAUAUUCAAAACCAAUGAUGAGAUGAAGAGGCAAUAACGGGACCCUCAUCCAAACGCAGUGUUUGCUUGACAUUUUUGAUAUGAAAUUGAAUAUUUAACUUAUUUAUCUGCCCUAAAAGAAAUCAAGGAGAAUGUUUUUCUUCUGUGACAUGGCUUUGUGAAGCGAUGCACCGUCAGUGCUGACUUGGGCCACUAGAUGGUGAUUUGGUGGGGUGAACUGGACCCUGGUCCCUGGUUGAAUUGGAAACGUAUUGUAAAGCUUUGCUUUACUAUUAGCACCUUUGAGAGACAUUACGAUAUCAACCUCGAGUUGAAUAAAGUAGUUCCUACUUACAGCACGUUAUCAUCUGAGAUGAAUUCUGCAUAUUGAUUUGAGAAAAUUAAGGCUUUAUAAAAAUAAUUUUUCUUUGUAUAUAUGUUUUAAAUGAGUGUAUUUAUGAUUUGUCUGACUCUGUGGGAGAGCAGUAUUUGAAGAGGGGCUGACGGCACAUUUUGUCGUGCUGCUGCAGUUGACCCAGAAGUCAGCAGAACUAAAUAAAUACAGUUUCACUGGAUUUGUGUCCAUUUGCACUAUUUAGCGAGUGGGCUGCUCGGUCACCUACAGACAACAAGAAGCCCACCGGUUGCCAUUGAAUCCACUGUUUAGUUUGUAUUUUCCAACCAGUCUUCCAUUGGAGUUAGUAAAUCCAAAUAAUUUCAUCUGCAUCGAAUGUUAUUGAAGAAUUGACUCUAAAGCAAAGACAUCAGACAUCUUUAUCCAAAGAGAAGUUUUGAUAGCGAUGUGAAGAUCUGCCUGCAACUCUUGUUAGGGAGAGAAGCAUAUUUGUAUUUCAUCUCUAGUCACCGUUGUGUACGGACUCUGAUUACUAGACAUGUUUUCUAUUCGCAGUAACCGUGAGAGUCGCAAUUGACAUUCAUUACUUGUACGCUAACUUUUCUGUAGUGCUUGUGAUCGAGUCUCAAAGACGAAACGUGUUUAAACUCGCAGGCGCACACAUAGCAUAUCCUGUUGUCUUCUGUUUGAUUUAUUCUUACAAAUGUAAAUAAAAGUCUUUUGUAAUGAAA